AUGGGCGACGUGGAGCUGACCUCCGACGGGCUCGUUGGCCUCGACUACAGCCCGCGAGCCUACCUGGCUUCGCACUCAUGGCCCGAACAUGGAGAUGCUGCUGCUACUACGACCACCACUGCCGGCCACUAUGAUGCUGCCACCACCGUAGCCCCAGACCACGGACUCAUGGCCGAAUGGCACUUUCAGCGCCUCCAGCCACAUCUCCAGUACCAUCACCAGCAGCAGCAGCAUCAUCAGCAUCAGCAGCAGCAACAGCAGCAGGACUUUACAUCAUAUACCACCGUCCCGCUGCAGUCGCCCAUCGGACUGCCCAUGCUGCCCGUCACAGAUACGGAGCAUCAGCACCACCAGCAGCACCACCACAUGGAUCCAGGCAUGCUGGACGGCUCCUACAUCCCGGUCGACAUGGUGCCCUUUACAUGGCAUGACUUCCACACCGAGCUGGGUGCCUUCCCGCUGGACAAUACUGCCAUAGGGUCAUACCACCCCGAGAGCAGCUCGCCCGUCGACAACUACCUCGAGGUCCGCUCCCUGACCAGCGCCAGCAGCGACAACGGCUGGACGGCCAUCGACAGGGCUCACUCUAUCGACUCUUCCCCCUUCCACGACCACCACCAGCAGCAUCAGCACCAGCAGCAGCACCAUGGACACCAGAUCUUCAUCAACCCGAGCCAGACGCUACACAACCGUAGCCUGUCCGAAUCAUCCUUCUCGGACCACCACUCCCUCCACUCUCGCAACUCAUUUGGCUCUUUCGUCGAGGUGUCUCCGCACAUGCACUCGCCUGGCUCAGAGUCGGCCCUGGAAUUCGACUACUCCGGCAUGUCUCUGCCACGUCGCGUAUCCUGUGACCUCAUCUCACAUGGCUCCAUCUCCCCCACGGCCGUCAGCCCAAUCGCCAUGGUCCGUCCCAUGCCUGUCCUGACAAAGAAACCAGCCACAUCGCCGACCAGAUCGCCCAAGUCGGGUUCUUCCUCUGCCUCUGCUGCUUCAGGCCAGGUGUCGGCGUCCGGGUCGCCGCCGAGCAGGAAGCCAUCGCGCAAGAGUCCGAUUGCGGCAAAGAACGCCGAGACCAAGGUACGGAAACAGAGUACGGGCGGGAAGGAAGGUGGCGGGAACGGCGAGAAGAAGAUCGGGAAGCGGAAGGGCCCACUGAGACCCGACCAGAGAAAGCAGGCUAGCGAGAUACGCAAACUCAGAGCUUGUCUGCGCUGCAAGUUCCUCAAGAAGACCUGCGACAAGGGCGAACCGUGUACUGGCUGCCAGCCGUCGCAUGCCCGUCUCUGGCAAGUCCCAUGCACCCGCAUCGACAUCAAAGAGAUCGGCUACUUCAUGAAAGACUGGAAGGCCGACUACGAGCGCCACGUCACCCUGGGCUUCUCCGUCGGCAACAUCACCGGCUUCUCCGACUCCGAACGCACCCUCUUCAUCACCCACGGCUACGGCCAAGUCCUCCCCGUCAAGGCCAGAGAAGUCUACGUCCACGAUGAAGAAUGCUUCAACCUCGACUGGGUCGAGUCCAUGAACCGCCCGGCAAACCACUACGAUCUCAAGACCGCCAAGCUCUCCGCGGGAAUGGAAGGUAUAUCCACCGCCAUGCUAUCAGACUAUCUCGACCGACACAUCGACGGCAACGGUAGCUAUGAAGGGUUCGUCGAUGAGUACUUUGCCGGCACUCCGUUCCUCACCCAGAUGCUCAAGACCGCCUAUCGGUUCUACUUCCGCACAAAACUGCCGGUCAUCCGCAAGGCGCUCAAGCUUACACUUGCGUACAACCUCACCAUGCACGUUACCAUGGUCGAGGGUCUGGGCGAGCUCGAGGAAGAGGCGUUCUCGGGCAAGGUCGAGGACGGAUCAAGUCACUACAAGGGUAAGGUCAUGGCUCCCGUCAUGAUCAACUUCCAGGUAAAGUGUGCCAUGGCCAACAUGUGGAGAGAGCUACAGAAGGACGUGCUGGAGGAGUUGUCCGCUCUCUACUCGAGCGUGUACAGCGGUGAGAAGCUCAAGAACUGGCCCAUCAUCUUCAUGCUUGCCACCAUCCUAUUAGCUGUCUGGGAGGAGAUGCAGUUUGACUGCCAUUACCGUGUUCAGGACCCCGCCGCAGUAAACAAGUUCUGCAACGACAUGGAAUCCAUCCCCGUCGGCGUAAUCGUCGGCCUCUUCCAAGCCAUCUCUCAAAAACUCCCCGCCCUCACUGACUGGGACACCGCCCAGCAUCAACAGAUCUUCAACUUCAACUCCGACGUCUGCACUGCCAUGACUGAAGUCCGCGGCCACGUCCGACAGUAUGAGCACUACCUUCGCGGACGCGGAGAAUCCUCCACCUUUGACCGCGAUGACUUUGACUGCCUGUCGAACAAGUUCGUCAGUCGGAGGGAGAGAAGGAGGAAGUGGGGAUGGGUCGGCGAACGGCCUGUAAAGGUCAAGAAGAUGAAGAUGGCCGAGAUGAGGAGAGGGGUGUUGGUUGCUUGA